GCAGCCCACCCUGCUCCCAGCCUUAAUGGUACAUGCCAUUAGAAAGCCCAUCUUCAGAAGGGAGGAGGGGAGGGUGGUCUCAAUCUCAGCUAAGAGUCUACUUUAGUCCCCCAACACAAGCCCAUUCACAGACGCCUCUGCGCGCGUGCAGCGGAUCCCAGCCGUCACGACGCAGCGGCGAGCGCCCGCGCGAGGACGGCAGUGGACAGAGACGCGGAGAGCGGCGGAGCGCGAGAGCGACGAGGUGAGGAGCCACGCAGCGGAACGCGUGCAUCGCUGCCACCCUGACGUCUCCCCAACACGCGCGCGCGCGAAGAGGAGAGAGGGAGGAAAAUAAAGCUCUUUGUUUUCUAUUCGCCGCUCCUUCUUAAUCUCCAUCAUCCCGGGCAUGAAGACGGCCGUCAGCUGGCGCGGCAGAAUAAGAGAGGGACGUUUGAAUGUUGCCUCUGUCUCUGCAAGGGACUAGGAAGAGGAAUGGGGGGACAGCACCGCGCCGACGCCGAAACGGGAUUUCUGGAUUGAAUGGAAGUUCUUCUGCCGCAUGCGCUGGAAAUAGCAGGCUCACGCUGAAGUCUCUGAAUGAGGGCACUGCCCCGGUGACGAGGCGACUCGCUGGGAGCGUUCGGGCGGUUCUGGUGCCACAGCUUUCCGCCGCCGCCGCCGCCCCGUCCGGCCGCUUCGGAUCGUGACUCUCUCUAGACGAGCCGGGCCGCGACCGAGGCCGCGCCGCGAGGGGGGAGGGGCUUGUGCUGGCUGCGGGCUGCAGACACACAGGGACUGCUUGUAAUGCCGAGCCUAAUAACCAAUCCUGGAGAUGCCGAAGAGAAGAGACAUUCUUGCCAUCGUGUUGAUCGUGUUACCCUGGACUCUGCUCAUCACCGUUUGGCACCAAAGCACCAUAGCUCCACUCCUCGCCAUCCGCAAGGCUUGUCACCACCUAGUAAAAGAGAUCUUUAUCAUUCCAGAGAGGCUUGCAGUUCGCCACCACCGGCUCUCAGAUGAUGGCGUCGACGGCAAGCGGGAGGCGGGCGGCCAGGCGCAGGACUCCAAGGAAUACUGUGCUUCAGACAGGGACAUUGUGGAGGUGGUGAGGACGGAGUAUGUGUACACGCGGCCGCCGCCGUGGUCCGACGUGCUGCCCACCAUCCACAUCAUCACCCCCACGUACAGCCGGCCGGUGCAGAAGGCCGAGCUGACGCGGCUGGCCAACACCUUCCUCCACGUCCCCAACCUGCACUGGAUCCUGGUGGAGGACUCGCAGCGCAGGACGCCCCUCGUCACCCGGCUCCUCAGGGAAACCGGCCUGAACUACACGCACCUCAACGUGGAGACGCCGAGGAACUACAAGCUGCGGGGGGACACGCGCGACCCCCGCAUCCCCAGGGGCACCAUGCAGAGGAACCUGGCGCUGCGGUGGCUGAGGGAGACGUUCAACGCCAACAGCAGUCAGGCGGGGAUCGUCUACUUCGCCGACGACGACAACACGUACAGCCUGGAGUUGUUUGAGGAGAUGAGAUCGACCCGGAAGGUCUCGGUGUGGCCCGUGGCCUUUGUGGGUGGCCUGCGGUACGAGUCCCCUAAGGUCAACGCGGCUGGAAAGGUCUACGGCUGGAAGACGGUGUUCGACCCCCACCGGCCCUUUGCCAUCGACAUGGCCGGCUUCGCCAUCAACCUGCGGCUCAUUCUCUUCAAGCCACAGGCGUAUUUUAAGCUCCGCGGGGUGAAGGGAGGCUACCAGGAGAGCAGUUUGCUCCGAGAGCUGGUCACACUCAACGACCUGGAGCCUAAAGCGGCCAAUUGCACAAAGGUACUCGUUUGGCACACGAGAACGGAGAAGCCCGUGCUGGUGAACGAGGGGAAAAAAGGAUUCACGGACCCGAAUGUGGAAAUCUGAGCAGCCUCCUGCACAGAGCGGCGCUUGGCCUUGGACCAGCACAGGGGGGAAACGGCAAUCGGCUCUUAAUCAUCGAAAAGAAAAAAACAGGAAGUGUUUAAUCCCCUCGACUGAAGCUGACAUUUCCCCACACGUGGACUAAAACAGUACAAAUGUAUCUUAUAAAGCACAGAUUAAGAGGCGGCGGUUAUUUGUCAGGACCGACGACACGAAGGCCCGAUGAUGAUAGUCAUGGCAGUCAUCACCUGCACGUCGGGCUGAGGAGAACCUGACACGAGAGGCAGCACAACACGAGAAGCGAUCGGCGAGCAGCCAGAACGCGCUACGUAAAAAAAAAUAAAUAAAUAAAAAAGACACCGAUGAAUAAAAAUAAAAAGGACGUGGAACUGAAGAAAAGAGACGCGCCCUUGGAUUUAAGGACGCGGUCGACAUCAUCAGCAUGGACGAAAGCACGUCCCCAAGGACGAAUGUGACUCUUGUGGUAGAAAACGCAACCAGAGCAAGGGAAGGAAUGUUCUUUUGAUAAUUCUGAAACGUUUGUUUAAUUUAAUUUAACUGGUUUGGAUGUGUUUGCAAGCACCCGACUCACACGCUAGUUCGACACUACUGACUCUUAACGACAUUUACUCCUCGGUUGCCAUUGUUCAUUUAACUCACGCAUCGAAGCCACCGCACGCACGAAGGGAGGCAGCUGGACGAAACGUGAACCACCCCCCCCCCCCCUCCCCCUCCCGUUAGCAGACACACGCCGCAGCAGUACUUUACAUUACACCGUCUGUAGAAACCUGUAAAUAGCGAUUCAACAUCACAGCAAUCUGAGGAUUAAUGACGAAUUGGGACGCGGAGCACUGCGAGUACUGCAUGUGUGUGUGUCCGUCCUUCGGUGACUUUCUCCACAAUGACAGGUUCCCUCCAUGAUGGUACAUCACCGGUUUCACCGGUAACUGAAACAGCUCGUGGUGCACGACAAAGCCACGAAGGCAAAUGUACCCCACGCGUGAGCGUUCUGCCUUUAGUCCUUUCUAUGCACCGUGACGCGUGAAAAAAGAGCGAGCGGGGCAGAACUGCAUCCAAGAUGAAGACAGUCCCUCUCCUCUAAUACUCUGCAACAACAGAUUCACACACACACAGGCCGCAUCUGCUGCAUUUUAAUACAGCGCACCUUAGUUACGAAUAAUAGAGUUGAAUAAUUAACGCGUGGCCCCAAAACAUUUCGUUUUCUCCAAAACCCUCCCACUUCCACGCACUCCUCUGAUGUGACGGCGGCUCAAGAGAAGCGCCACAGACCAACUCUUACUUCGUUAAAGACCCGGUGGCGACGUGGGCAUCCUCAGUGUCGCGGGCUGUCGCGUGCGUCUCACGGCGGCCGCCGCGUUGAACGUUAACCAGGUGGAGAGGAUGGAGAGGCAUCAACUUAUAGUGUAGGACAACGUUAUUUCGCACCUCACACAAUAGGAUUCCUCCUCGACUUGAUAAAUCAUCCGUCUGGCGCAAACACACGGCGGCGGCUCUUAUCUAACACUGCCCCGCGGAAGAAGCUGGAGAUAAUUUAAACACUGGGGCUGUGUGCUGCUGCCAGAUUAUCUGUGUUCAACCCCCCUCCCCACCGCUGCACACUCAACACAGAAAACGUACACAGACGUAGCAGCCUCGCUGCCGCAGAAACCAUGUUAUCGCUUAUUUCACCCGCAACGCGAUAAGACGCUCAUUCAGACGCAGGCGGCGGCGGCGUCGCACCUCUCGCGCAAAUGGCUGUUUUCAUUUUACUGCAUGAUAUUACACUGCACCCGGAUCAGCCAUGGAGACUGUAGUCUUUAGGAUUUGUUCUAUGUUCGACUUGCCUCCGAUUAUUUAUUCAAAAUCAAAUUUAAUGUAUUUAUUUAUGUAUUUAUUUCAAUUGUGGAUGUGCAAUUAAACUACAGCAGUGUUGUCCCUUAAAUCUGUAUUUUCAAGCUGCUCUGUAAAAACAGCAUGCACACAUACACGUGGUUAAUCCUGUACAGCAGCUCAGUCAUAGGUUAGCAUCAGCAGACAGACAGACAGACAGACCCUCACCUCCAAACGAGCAAAGCUGACAAGUACCACGUUUCACUUGAAACAGCGGAUUAAUAAGUUUUCCUGAAGUUGACUAAGUUUUGAUGAUUCACUUGUCAAGCAAAAUUAAACUCUUGCUUUCAUCUCGUAAAUGUUGUUCUUGUCCAGAAGGCAAACGCAUGUCGUGUGUCCGACGGACGCGGACGUGCUUGAUUAACUAAGAAGCGGUGGCGUUCGCUGUCCUGAAGCAGCAGCAGGAAUCAAAGGGCUUUCAGGCGUGAUUGCCAUUGAGGAUUUGAAAAGUUUGCCGACUCCCACAGGUGAUGUACUGAGCAAUAUCUACUACCACUAGGACCAACCUAUCUGUACGUCAAUAGCAGUACACUAUUUAAACGGUUUAGUUCAUAGGCAUUGCCCUCGGAGGGUUCCUAUAAGGCACAGUACACUUUCCACACAACGCUCUCCCCAUUUCCCUCCUCUUCCAUCUGUCCACGUCAUAUUCCAGCCUCAUGUAAUUCACAUUUUAUGCAUGUGACUCUUAAGGUUGUUUAUUUGCCACAACGAUUCUGUCUCAGAGAAAGAUGUUAGUUGAACCAAGAGAAAUAAACAACUGAGAAGAACCCGG